UCAAAAUAAACUUUUAAAAUAAUGAAUGCUUAUUUACAAUCUUUACAAUGCCGACUCUGUGCUGAAUGGAAAUUAGCAAAUGAAUUAAUAAAUAUUAAAGAAGAAGAAGCGAUUAAUUUAAAUUUAGAAUUGAAAAUACAACAAUGCUUAAAUUUAAAUUUUGUUAACACACAAUUACCCAACAAUGUUUGUUUAUUGUGCUGUGACAAAGUUGGGUCUACGUAUGAAUUUCAGGAACUUGUAAAGAAAGCGCAACAAUGUUUAUUAAAUUCAAUUGCAGAGAAGAAAACAAAUUUAAAAACCAAAUUUCCUGAAUCUGAAAAUGAUUCGUAUCAAUAUGUACAAUCAGUAUUAAAUGACUAUGAGGAUGAUGUAUCAAUUAAUGAAGAUGAAGAUCUCAUUAGAAGUAAGGUACAAACAAAAACUACUGGAUUAAAUAAUAAGUCUAGUAAAAAACGCUGUGAAAGAAAACGAAGAAAAGGAGAUCGAAUUCCGAGGAAAAAUGGUAAAACAGCCGUAACUUUAGAUCCGGAUACAGCUAAACAAAGAGCUGAACGGAGUGAAUUAAUACGACAAAUUAAAGAUGAAUGGAAACUAUACAAAUGGAAAUGCAUUUUAUGUGAAACAAUUUACACGUCUGUAGAAGAAUUUCGUAACCAUUUUAAAAACGAUCACAAACAAAAUCCAAUUUACAGUUGUACAGAAUGUUCAAAAGUUUAUGAAUUGUACGACACUUUCAAACGGCAUGUCGGAUCACAUAGGAAUAAAUUUAAAUUUAAAUGUCAUUUAUGCUCACGAUAUUUCCAUCGUAGUAAACUUUAUAAAGAUCAUUUAGAAACUCAUACAACCGUGAAAAGGUGUACGUGCCCAAAAUGUGGAAAAAUUUAUAAAACUUCAAACACUUUACGAGUACAUUUACGAACACACCAAGUGAUUUCAAAGCGUAAAUAUGAAUGCGAAUUUUGUGAUAAAAAAUUAAACACCAAGUCUGGUCUUUUAUAUCAUAAGAAAAUUCAUUUAGGUGAAAAGGAUUUCACUUGUGAUCAAUGUGGUAAAACAUUUUUAAUAAAUAGUUCAUUAAAAUAUCAUGUGAGCACUGUACACUCUGAUGACAAGCCAUUCUGUUGUGAACAUUGUCAGCGAACAUUUAAAACGCAACGAUUAUUAAAAGUUCAUUUGCAAGUUCACAGCGAUGAGAAACGACACGCAUGUGAAGUAUGUGGAAAACGGUUUCAUAGGAAAGAAUCAUUAUCUUUGCACUCGUCAGUACAUACUGGAGUGUUGGCGUACGCAUGUGAAUAUUGCCAUAAAGCUUUUAGAACAAAACAAUUGUUACAGGUCCAUGUUAGACAACAUACCGGCGAACGGCCUUAUGCGUGUUUAGAAUGUAAUCACCAUUUUACAAAUUCCUCAAAUUACAUUAAGCAUAUGAGAGGAAAACAUGGUGUAAUGAGUACUAGAAAAAAUGCUACCUAUAGAGUUACUGAACCACCUGUAGAGAAAGAAAAGCCAAUAAAAAAUUAA